AUGGAGCGUCGACAAGAGAUGCGAUUGAAAAAAAAAUACGCUCUUCCAGAUAGGGACUAUGGUAAUAUCCACGAACCUAUUCCUGAUAUGGAUGAAAAUGAGUAUAAUUUGAGAAAACUGGAAUUCCUAAAUAUGUUAAAUAAAACGCAAGAAGAGAUUGAUACAAUUGAGGAUCUUACCAAGGAACAGACCUCUUCCAUUCUAUGGUUGGAAGAGAGACAAAAAAAUAUAACCGCAUCAAAUUUUGGAAAAAUUUGUAUUAAUAAGAUCAAUAGACAGAAAUGGACAUAUCCUGAUCUAGAUUCUGCAAGAAGACUUGUACUGCACCCAGAAGAAAUACCCAUUCCAUCUUUCAGUAGUCUUCCUGAACUCACGGAACAGGUUGUAGGUUGCAAACAAGAAUUCAACUGGAAACCGACAGCGAAUUUGAAGCACAUUUAA